AUGAAGCUGGAGAAACAAGAUCAGAAUUCCCAAGGAGAGCUCUGGCUACAGACUGGCACCAAUAAGUUCGACUCUCAGAAGGGUAUGACCGCCAUGGGCGCAAUCCGCCACGUGUCUGACAUGACAAAGAACCAACCGGAACAGGACAAAGAUGGCGCUAAUGUCAUUAGCACGCAGAUGGGAACAAACCAGUAUGCCUCCCAAAAAGGUAUGUCUGCCAUGGGUGGAAUCCGCCACGUGUCUGACAUGAAGGUAGAUGAGGCAUCGGCUGAAGGAAAGGCGACCAUCAACCUCCAGUGCGGAACAAACAAAUUCGAUUCUCAGAAAGGAAUGACCAUGUUUGGCACCCCUCGUCCAGUGAAGGAAGUCAAUCUCCUGGAACCGGACCAGGAGGCAAUGAGCGCCCCUUCUCUCCAACUCGGUACAAACAAGUACGACUCCCAGAAGGGGAUGACCGCCAUGGGCGCCAACCGCUGGAUCAUGAAGGCCGGCAUGCCCGUCCAGGACCAGAGCAGUCAAGGUGUCACCAGCUUACAGUACGAAGAGAGAACGGAUGAGGAAAACAAGGGCAUAGUCUUCGGCCGUUAUAGGCACAUUUAA